AGCAUUAUACAAGCAACUUUAUGAUCUUCAUCUUCUUUCUUGAUGAAGAUACCAGUUAGCAGAAAAAAGAAGAGACGAUAAUUUGUGACUUCACCGAGCAAUGGAUCAGCAAAACAAGGUGAUGCAGAGAGCUCCUUCCAUUUCAUCCUGCUUCCCAGAGAGAUUUUCCAGUGUUUCACCAAGAUAUGAGCAUGAGCACGACCAUGACAAUGAGCCUGAGAAGCAACAACACCAUCACCAGUGGCCCAUGAAAAGAACUGCUCUUCAUGCCCUUCCUCAGCCCCCAGUACCAUUCAAAGCUCCAGUUGAUAAGCAUCUCAUCGUGGAUGAGAAACUUCAACCCCACCAUGCACAACCCUCAUCAUCUUCUGCUUCUCCUCCUCAUCACAAUGUGCCGCCGUCUAGCAGCGGGUCGAAUGGAGCAGCUGUGCCCGACAAACCUGAUCAUCAACCUGUUUCGAUUCCUCUUCCGCCAAUUCCUUCGAUUCCCCGCUUUGGUAACAAAGGGAAAAAUAUCGCAAUGAGAACGAGUUUAUACACGCCGUUGUAUAAUGCUGCGAUGAAAGGCCAUUGGGAAAGUGCAGAGAAGUUCUUAAGAUCACAUCCAGGCGCUAUAAAUGUCAGGAUCAGAAAGGAAAUGGACACGGUUCUCCACAUUGCUGCCGGGGCCAAACACACCAAGUUCGUGGAGGAAGUGGUCAAGAUGAUGAGUCCUGCAGAUUUAGCAUUGCGGAACAAGAGCAAUAAUACGGCUCUUUGUUAUGCUGCCGCAUCUGGUGUUGUCAAAAUUGCAGAGUCAAUGGUGAAUAAGAAUAGGGACUUACCGGGAAUGAGGGGCAAUAAGGGUAUGACACCUCUUUAUAUUGCUGCAUUGUUUGGACACAGGAACAUGGUUUCCUAUCUGUUCAGAGUGACAGAUGAUGAGCAUCUAACUGAAGAGGACCACGUCAAUCUACUCCAUGCCACAAUCAAUAUGGAUUUGUUCGACCUAGCCCUUACCAUACUCCGGAGAAAACCAGAGUUAGCUACGCUUCGAGAUCAUGAUGGAAGGACCGCACUGCAUAUUUUAGCUCAGAAGCCUUUGGCAUUUGCCAGCACAAGUUCAUUAGAAUCCUGGCAGAGGAUACUUUAUGCAUUGAUUUGCGUAAAAGAAGAAUAUAAGGUGGGAUUCCCUUCGGGACUCGUCAUGAGUGACAUUAGCCAAACAAAAAAAGUGUCCCUCUACUUACUCGAGAAGCUUUGGUGUGCAGUAGAGUUAAUAGUGCCAGGAAUCAAGGCAGUUCAUGAGAAAAAGACAAUGCAGUUGCAAGUGCUGCAAUUGGUGAAACUGUUGUGCGAGCAGGUUUCAUCACUGGAGGACUCCAAUAUUGAGGAUCUUUUAAUGCAUCCCUCACAGCCAUUGCUCAUUGCAGCAGGGUUCGGCAUAGUUGAGCUUGUGACUGAGCUUGUUCGGUCUCAUCCUGAUUUGAUAUGGAAAGUUGAUGAGCAAAGCCGUAACAUUUUUCACGUUGCAGUUAUGUACCGCCGAGAAAAGAUAUUUGGCCUCAUUCAUGAUCUUGGGGCGCAUAAAGAUAUGAUCACUACUUACAAAGACCCCGACAACAAUCACAACUUGUUGCAUUUGGCAGGAAAGCUGGCACCUCUGGACCAACUUAACAGAGUGUCUGGGGCAGCUCUUCAGAUGCAGCGAGAACUUCUAUGGUUCAAGGAAGUGGAGAAAACUGUACACCCUUUAUCAAAGCAGAUGAGGGACAAAAAUGGCCGGACACCGAGGAUGUUAUUCACGGAAGAGCAUAGGGCUCUGGUCAAAGAAGGAGAGGACUGGAUGAAAAGCACCGCUUCAUCCUGCAUGCUUGUUGCCACGCUAAUCACCACUGUGAUGUUCGCAGCGAUCUUCACAGUUCCGGGAGGAACAGACAAUAAUACGGGUGUUCCUAUUUUAUUGAAAUCAAAUGCCUUCGUAACCUUCGCCAUAUCAGAUGCAUUUGCGCUGUUCUCUUCGGUCACAUCCAUACUCAUGUUCUUGUCCAUCCUCACCUCGCGCUAUGCCGAGGAAGAUUUUCUCGAAUCCUUACCAAAAAGACUAAUCAUCGGCCUUACGACUCUGUUUCUUUCUAUAGCCUCCAUGCUUAUUGCAUUUAGUGCGACCCUUUUCAUAGUACUUGGAUGCCGAUUGGCUUGGAUUCUUGUACCGAUUGCCUUAGCUUCGUGCAUACCGAUCACCUUAUUUGCCUUUCUUCAUUUUCCCCUUCUGACCGAUAUGCUUAGUUCGCCUUAUGGAACUGGCAUUUUCGCAAGAGAAUCCACAAUCACCCUUUGUUCAUAAAGCUUGCAUUGAACUGCAAAUAGCUGUAUCAAAUGGAAGCAUGAACGAUCCGUCUAGAGAUCAAGUUGAUUCAAGCCUUUAUUGAUGAAAGGUCAGUCAUGGGUUUUGCUGCCCCCAUCUCUCUGAACUCUCCA